AUGGUUCCCUGGUGGUACACUGCUGGCAGUACGCUGCUCCUCUCGCUCGGCGCCGCGGCUUGGGACUACUCGACUUACAACUCGAUCGACUUCCAGCCUCCUAAGCUUGUCGUGAACAAGACCGGCACCACUGAGCCUGGCUUUCUCUUCCUUGGCCCCCGUGGAGACGUCCGGCCUGCCGGUCAGGCUGCGUUGAUCUACGAUGACGAAGGCAAUUUGGUGUACGAGGGCCCCGAAGAGGUCACUGCCAACUUUAUGGUUCAGCAGCUUAAUGGUUCUGAUGUGAUCACCUUCUGGGCGGGAGAUAUGAUGGACCUGGGAUACGGCUACGGAAGUGUCCACAUCCUCGACAACACCUACCAGGAAAUCCACACUGUCACUCUGACCGGUGACUUUGUCACUCCCGACAACUCGCCCAGGGACUCCUACAUUGACUUGCACGAGAGUCACAUCACCCCGCGUAACACCCUGCUGGUCACCGCGUACAACCUCACCCAGCAUGAUCUGACCUCCAUCGGCGGUAACUCCUCCGACUGGAUGCUCGACAGCCAUUUCUACGAGAUUGACAUUGUUACCAACAAGAUCCUCAACUCUUGGAGUGCCCUCGAGCAAGAAGCGGAUAUUCCUCUGACUACUUCUCACCAGAAGGUCGGAAAGGACGUCGGUACUCAGGAUGCCCCCUAUGAUGCUUAUCACAUCAAUGCCAUCACCCCCACCAACAACGGCUACCUGGUCUCUCUCCGCCACAUGUGGUCCGGCUACUACCUCCACAACAACGGCAGUAUCAUCUGGCGCGUUAGCGGCGAAGACGGCGGCGACUUCAAGCAGAUUGGCAACGCCAACUUCUCGUGGCAACACGACAUGCGCGUCUUCAACGAGACAGACGAGGGCCUCAUUCUGAACCUGUUCAACAACGCCAACACCCCCACCGAUAGCGAAACCCCCACCACCGGUGUCAGCCUGGCCAUCGACCUGGCCAAGAAAACCGUGACCGGCCUCCGCUCCCUCACUGACCCGAACGACCCCAUCCACUCCGUCAGCCAGGGCAGCUACCAGCUCCUGAACGAGACUGACAGCCACGUCUUCAUGGACUACGGUUCCAUCUCGAAGGUCAAGGAGUUCGACGGUGACGGCAACGUCGUGCUGAGCGCUCAGUUCGGCGAGGACAAUUCCGUUGCUUCCUACCGUGGUUACCGCUGCCAGUGGAGCGCUGUUCCCUUCUGGAAGCCCUCUGUGAACGUUUCCCGCACUUCUACCGGUGCGACUGUGUAUAUGAGCUGGAACGGUGCCACGGACUAUGACAACUGGGUUGUCUACUCGGCUACUUCAGAGAACUCGACCAACAACCAGCAGAUCAGCACGGCUAACCGUACUGGCUUCGAGACUUCCGUUACUCUCACCAACCCGCCCACCAACUAUCUUCAGGUGGCUGCUCUUGAGGGUAACAAGGUUCUUGGUACCUCUCAAGUCAUCCCUUUCUAA